GGCUUCAGGGCCCGAGGGAGCGGGCCUUCCACACGGCCAGCGUCCUGGGCAACUACAUGGUGGUCUAUGGGGGCAAUGUCCACACCCAUUACCAGGAGGAAAAGUGCUACGAAGACGGCAUCUUCUUCUACCACCUCGGCUGCCAUCAGUGGGUGUCGGGGGCCGAGCUUGCCCCCCCAGGAACCCCUGAGGGCCGAGCAGCGCCUCCCAGUGGUCGGUACUCACAUGUGGCGGCGGUGCUUGGUGGCAGCGUCCUGUUGGUGGCUGGCGGGUACAGCGGCCGGCCCCGCGGGGACUUGAUGGCCUACAAGGUGCCCCCCUUCGUGUUCCAGGCACCUGCCCCUGACUACCACCUGGACUACUGCUCCAUGUACACAGACCACAGCGUCUGCUCCCGAGACCCCGAAUGCAGCUGGUGUCAGGGGGCCUGCCAGGCUGCACCCCCUCCUGGGACUCCCUCUGGGGCUUGUCCAGCUGCCAGUUGUCUGGGCCUGGGCCGCCUCCUGGGUGACUGCCAGGCAUGCCUGGCCUUCAGCAGCCCCGCAGCCCCUCCCCGGGGGCCCGGCGCCCUGGGCUGGUGCGUGCACAACGAGAGCUGCCUGCCUCGGCCUGAGCAGGCCCGUUGCCGAGGGGAGCAGAUCUCAGGCACUGUGGGCUGGUGGGGGCCUGUACCUGUCUUUGUCACAUCGUUGGAGGCCUGUGUCACCCAGAGCUUCCUGCCUGGCCUGCACCUGCUCACCUUCCAGCAGCCACCCAACGCCUCCCAGCCCGACAAGGUCUCGAUUGUCCGCAGUACGACCAUCACCCUCACACCCAGCGCAGAGACAGACGUGUCCCUGGUCUACCGUGGCUUCAUCCACCCUCUGCUGCCGGGAGGGCCAGGCGGUCCGGGGGCUGAGGAUGUGACCGUGUGGGCCCGGGCCCAGCGCCUACAUGUCCUGGCCCGGAUGGCCCGUGGCCCUGACACAGAAAACAUGGAGGAGGUGGGGCGCUGGGUGGCUCAGCAGGAGAAGGAGACGAGGCGGCUGCAGCGCCCAGGGUCUGCUCGCCUCUUCCCAAUGCCCGGGCGGGGCCACAAGUACGCGGUCGAGAUCCGGGGCCAACUCAACGGCUCAGCGGGCCCUGGGCACAGCGAGCUCACUCUGCUGUGGGAUCGGACUGGUGUGCCAGGCGGCAGCGAGAUCUCCUUCUUCUUCCUGGAGCCCUACCGCUCAGCAGCCUGUGCCUCCUACUCCUCCUGCCUGGGCUGCUUGGCAGACCAGGGCUGCGGCUGGUGCCUGACCAGUGCCACCUGCCACCUGCGCCAGGGCGGGGCCCAUUGCGGGGAUGAUGGGGCUGGUGGAUCCCUGCUGGUGCUGGUGCCUGCCCUCUGCCCACUCUGCGAGGAGCAUCGAGACUGCCACGCCUGCACCCAGGACCCCUUCUGCGAGUGGCAUCAGAGCACCAGCCGCAAAGGGGACGCAGCGUGCAGCCGGCGGGGCCGUGGUCGGGGUGCCCUGAAGAGUCCGGAGGAAUGUCCCCCGCUCUGCAGCCAGCGCCUGACCUGUGAGGACUGCCUGGCCAACUCCAGCCAGUGCGCCUGGUGCCAGUCUACUCACACCUGCUUCCUAUUUGCCGCCUACCUGGCCCGGUACCCGCACGGGGGCUGCCGCGGCUGGGACGACAGUGUGCACUCAGAGCCGCGGUGCCGGAGCUGCGAUGGCUUCCUGACCUGCCACGAGUGUCUGCAAAGCCACGAGUGUGGCUGGUGUGGCAACGAGGACAACCCCACGCUGGGACGGUGCCUGCAGGGAGACUUCUCGGGGCCCCGGGGUGGGGGUAACUGCUCCCUGUGGGUCGGGGAGGGCCUGGGGCUGCCCGUGGCCCUCCCUGCCCGUUGGGCGUACGCGCGCUGUCCAGACGUGGACGAGUGUCGUCUGGGCCUGGCCCGGUGCCACCCGAGGGCGACCUGCCUGAACACGCCCCUCAGCUACGAGUGUCACUGCCAGCGGGGCUACCAGGGCGAUGGCAUCACACACUGCAACCGCACGUGCCUGGAGGACUGUGGCCAUGGUGUGUGCAGCGGACCCCCGGACUUCACCUGCGUGUGUGACCUGGGCUGGACGUCCGACCUGCCCCCGCCCACACCCGCCCCGGGCCCCCCGCCCCCCCGCUGCUCCCGGGACUGUGGCUGCAGCUUCCACAGCCACUGCCGCAAGCGGGGGCCUGGCUUCUGCGAUGAGUGCCAGGACUGGACGUGGGGGGAGCACUGCGAACGGUGCCGGCCCGGCAGCUUCGGCAAUGCCACGGGCUCGGGCGGCUGCCGGCCCUGCCAGUGCAACGGGCACGGGGACCCACGCCGUGGCCACUGUGACAACCUCAGCGGGCUCUGCUUCUGCCAGGACCACACUGAGGGUGCCCACUGUCAGCUCUGCACCCCAGGCUACUACGGGGACCCCCGGGCCGGUGGCUCCUGCUUCCGGGAGUGUGGGGGUCGCACCCUCCUCACCAACGUGUCCUCAGUGGCACUGGGCUCACGCCGGGUUGGGGGGCUGCUGCCUCCAGGUGGCGGGGCUGCAAGAUCCGGGCCUGGCCUGUCCUAUUGUGUGUGGGUUGUCUCAGCCACUGAGGUGCUACAGCCGUGUGCCCCUGGGACCCUAUGUCCCCCACUCACCCUCACCUUCUCCCCUGACAGCAGCACCCCCUGCACGCUGAGCUACGUCCUGGCCUUUGACGGAUUCCCACGCUUCCUGGACACGGGUGUCGUCCAGUCGGACCGUAGCCUCAUAGCCGCCUUCUGUGGCCAGCGGCGGGACAGGCCGCUCACGGUGCAGGCCCUGUCUGGGCUGCUGGUGCUACACUGGGAGGCCAACGGCUCCUCAUCCUGGGGCUUUAACGCCUCGGUGGGCUCUGCCCGCUGUGGGUCAGGGGGCCCUGGGAGCUGCCCUGUGCCCCAGGAGUGCGUGCCCCAGGAUGGAGCUGCAGGCGCUGGGCUCUGCCGAUGUCCCCAAGGCUGGGCUGGCCCACACUGCCGCAUGGCUCUGUGUCCUGAGAACUGCAAUGCCCACACUGGGGCAGGGACUUGUAACCAGAGCCUGGGCCUGUGCAUCUGUGCUGAGGGCUUUGGGGGCCCUGACUGUGCCACGAAGCUGGAUGGCGGGCAGCUGGUCUGGGAGACCCUCAUGGACAGCCGCCUCUCAGCUGACACUGCUAGCCGCUUCCUGCACCGCUUGGGGCACACCAUGGUGGAGGGACCUGAUGCCACCUUGUGGAUGUUUGGGGGCCUAGGCCUGCCCCAGGGGCUGCUGGGAAACCUGUACAGGUACUCAGUGAGCGAGCGGCGGUGGACACAGAUGCUGGCAGGAGCUGAAGACGGGGGCCCAGGCCCGUCACCCCGCUCCUUCCACGCAGCUGCCUAUGUGCCUGCUGGCCGUGGUGCCAUGUACCUGCUGGGGGGACUCACAGCUGGAGGUGUCACCCGUGAUUUCUGGGUCCUCAACCUCACCACCCUGCAGUGGCGGCAGGAGAAGGCUCCUCAGACCGUGGAGUUGCCGGCAGUCGCUGGUCACACCCUCACUGCCCGCCGAGGCCUGUCUCUGCUCCUGGUGGGUGGUUACUCCCCCGAAAAUGGCUUCAACCAGCAGCUUCUCGAGUACCAGCUGGCGACCGGCACCUGGGUGUCAGGAGCCCAGAGCGGAACACCCCCCACAGGUCUCUAUGGUCAUUCUGCGGUCUACCACGAGGCCACUGACUCCCUCUACGUGUUUGGGGGCUUCCGAUUCCACGUGGAGUUGGCGGCCCCGUCCCCGGAGCUCUACUCCCUGCACUGUCCUGACCGCACCUGGAGCCUGCUGGCCCCUUCUCAGGGGUCAAAGCCCCGCCCCCGGCUCUUCCAUGCCUCAGCCCUGCUGGGGGACACCAUGGUGGUUCUUGGGGGGCGCUCAGACCCCGACGAGUUCAGCAGCGAUGUUCUGCUCUACCAGGUCAACUGCAAUGCCUGGCUUCUGCCCGACCUCACCGGCCCGGCCUCUGUGGGGCCCCCGGUGGAGGAGUCUGUGGCCCAUGCCGUGGCGGCAGUGGGGAGCCGCCUGUACGUCUCUGGAGGCUUUGGGGGGGUGGCCCUGGGCCGCCUGCUGGCGCUGACCCUGCCCCCCGACCCCUGCCGCCUGCUGCCCUCACCCGAAGCUUGUAACCAGUCUGGGGCCUGCACCUGGUGCCAUGGGGCCUGCCUGUCGGGGGACCAGGCCCACAGACUGGGCUGUGGGGCACCCCCCUGCUCCCCGAUGCCUCGCUCCCCGGAGGAAUGUCGACGUCUCCGGACCUGCAGUGAGUGCCUGGCCCGCCACCCCCGGACCCUGCAGCCUGGAGAUGGAGAGGCGCCUGCCCCCCGCUGUAAGUGGUGUACCAACUGCCCCGAGGGUGCCUGCAUCGGGCGCAAUGGGUCCUGCACCUCGGAGAAUGACUGUCGCAUCAACCAGCGAGAGGUCUUCUGGGCGGGGAACUGCUCGGAGGCCACGUGCGGGGCGGCCGACUGCGAGCAGUGCACGCGGGAGGGCAAGUGCAUGUGGACGCGGCAGUUCAAGAGGACGGGGGAGACCCGCCGCAUCCUGUCAGUGCAGCCCACCUAUGACUGGACGUGCUUCAGCCACUCUUUGCUGAACGUGUCCCCGAUGCCGGUGGAAUCGUCGCCCCCGCUGCCCUGCCCCACCCCCUGUCACCUCCUACCUAACUGCUCCUCCUGCCUGGACUCCAAGGGCGCGGACGGGGGCUGGCAGCAUUGCGUCUGGAGCAGCAGCCUGCAGCAGUGUCUGAGCCCCUCUUACCUGCCCCUGCGGUGUAUGGCCGGAGGUUGUGGGCGGCUGCUCCGGGGACCCGAGAGCUGCUCCCUGGGCUGUGCUCAGGCAACGCAGUGUGCCCUGUGCCUGCGGCGCCCCCACUGCGGCUGGUGUGCCUGGGGGGGCCAGGAUGGGGGCGGCCACUGCAUGGAGGGCGGACUCAGCGGCCCCCGUGAUGGGCUGACGUGUGGGCGUCCCGGGGCCUCCUGGGCCUUCCUGUCCUGCCCCCCUGAGGACGAGUGUGCGAACGGGCACCACGACUGCAAUGAGACGCAGAACUGCCACGACCAGCCCCACGGCUACGAGUGCAGCUGCAAGACGGGCUACACCAUGGACAACGUGACAGGGCUCUGCCGCCCCGUGUGUGCCCAGGGCUGCGUGAACGGCUCGUGCGUGGAGCCCGACCACUGCCGCUGCCACUUCGGCUUUGUCGGUCGCAACUGCUCCACGGAGUGUCGCUGCAACCGCCACAGCGAGUGUGCUGGCGUGGGGGCGCGCGACCACUGCCUGCUCUGCCGCAACCACACCAAGGGCAGCCACUGUGAACAGUGUCUCCCGCUGUUCGUGGGUUCAGCCGUUGGGGGCGGGACCUGCCGGCCCUGCCACACCUUCUGUCGUGGAAAUAGCCACGUCUGCGUCUCCAGGAAGGAGCUUGAAAUGGCCAGAAAGGAGCCGGAGAAGUAUUCUCUAGAUCCAGAGGAGAUCGAAAACUGGGUGACAGAGGGUCCUGGUGAAGACGAGGCUGUGUGCGUGAACUGCCAGAACAACAGCUACGGGGACAAGUGCGAGAGCUGCCUCCACGGCUACUUCCUCCUGGAUGGGAAAUGCACCAAAUGCCAGUGCAACGGCCACGCAGACACAUGUAACGAGCAGGAUGGGACGGGCUGCCCGUGUCAGAACAACACGGAGACGGGCACGUGCCAGGGCAGCUCCCCCAGCGACCGCCGGGACUGCUACAAGUACCAGUGCGCCAAGUGCCGGGAGUCGUUCCAUGGAAGCCCGCUGGGCGGCCAGCAGUGCUACCGCCUCAUCUCCGUGGAGCAGGAGUGCUGCCUAGACCCCACGUCCCAGACCAACUGCUUCCAUGAGCCCAAGCGCCGGGCUCUGGGCCCUGGCCGCACCGUGCUCUUCGGCGUGCAGCCCAAGUUCACCAACGUGGACAUCCGCCUGACACUGGACGUGACCUUCGGUGCUGUGGACCUCUACGUCUCCACCUCCUAUGACACCUUUGUGGUCCGCGUGGCCCCUGACACUGGAGUCCACACCGUGCACAUCCAGCCUCCCCCGCCCCCGCCGCCGCCCCCACCCCCUGCUGAUGGUGGGCUCCGGGGGACCGGGGAUCCAGGGGGACCAGGGGCCGGGAGUGGGCCGGGCGCCCCAGCAGAGCCACGGGUACGAGAGGUGUGGCCACGGGGCCUGAUCACCUACGUGACAGUGACGGAGCCGUCGGCCGUGCUCGUGGUCCGCAGCGUGCGGGACCGGUUGGUCAUCACCUACCCGCACGAACACCACGCCCUCAAGUCCAGCCGCUUCUACCUGCUGCUGCUGGGCGUGGGAGACCCGAGCGGGCCCGGCGCCAACGGCUCCGCCGACUCGCAGGGCCUGCUCUUCUUCCGGCAGGACCAGGCCCACAUCGACCUGUUCGUCUUCUUCUCCGUCUUCUUCUCCUGCUUCUUCCUCUUCCUGUCACUCUGUGUGCUCCUCUGGAAGGCCAAGCAGGCGCUGGACCAGCGGCAGGAGCAGCGCCGGCACUUGCAGGAGAUGACCAAGAUGGCCAGCCGCCCCUUUGCCAAGGUCACCGUCUGCUUCCCACCCGACCCUACUGCUCCAGCCCCGGCCUGGAAGCCGGCUGGGCUCCCGCCGCCUGCCUUCCGCCGCUCGGAGCCCUUCCUGGCACCCCUGCUGCUGACAGGGGCCGGGGGACCCUGGGGACCCAUGGGAGGAGGGUGCUGCCCACCAGCCAUCCCUGCCACCACUGCUGGCCUGCGAGCUGGGCCCAUCACCCUCGAGCCCACAGAAGAUGGCAUGGCUGGCGUGGCCACGCUGCUGCUCCAGCUGCCUGGCGGGCCCCAUGCACCCAACGGGGCCUGCCUGGGGUCAGCCCUUGUCACCCUGCGGCACAGGCUGCACGAGUACUGUGGGGGCGGCGGGGGCGCUGGAGGCAGUGGGCACGGGGCUGGAGCAGGCCGCAAGGGACUGUUGAGCCAGGACAACCUCACCAGCAUGUCCCUCUGACCUGCUGCAGGGUCCUCAGCCACAGUAUUGAGUCGCCCGAUGGGGCCGCCCUGGACUUGGGCCCAUUCCCCUGGGGGCCCCUGGACACUGUCUCCUCAGAGACCACUGGCCCCCUCCCCCCAGGGGUGCCCAGACAGGGCCUCCUUUGUUCUGCAUUCAGCAGCUAUUUAUUGAGCACUUACUAUGUGCCAGGCACUGUUGUAGGCACGGGGCAAAGCAGGAACCGAGCGAGAAGUGAGGUUCCCUGAUCUCAUGGGACGUAGGUUCCAGCGAAGGGAGACAGUCGGCACACGUGCGUGUGUGCACACACAAGUAAGAUGGCUUCAGAGAGGGAUCCAUGCUGUGACUCCUCAGCGGGAUGUGGCAGCGAGGGAGCACGGGGUAAAGUCGAUCGGGCACUCAGAGAAGCUCGACUGAGAAUGACCGAGAAGAACUGACCAUGGGAAGAGCUUCGGGAACCGUUUCCAGGCAGCGGGAAAUGCAAGGGCAGAGGCCCUGAGGUGGGAACCAGCUUAUUUUAUUGAAAGGACGAGAAAACUGGCCAUUGUGACCCAGACCAAGUGUGAGGAGACGAGGCUGGGGACAGGCAGGGGCUGGAUCACCCAGGGCCCAGGUGGAGUUUGGGGUUUAAUUCUCAGGGCAAUGGGAAGCUGUCGGACGGCUUUUGGAGGCGGAGCGACAGGAUCCGACGUACCUAUUUAAGAGAUCACUCAGCUAUGGACUGGAGGGGACGAGAGAGGCAGCAGGGGGAUGGGGCGAGGACCAGGCCAGGGCGGUGGCAGUCAGGAUGCAGGAUGUGUGUGGAAGAAGGUAACAACAGUGUGGAUGUCGGGGGGCAGGGGCGGGGACAAAUCCAGGAUAACCCCUAACUUUGUGGCUCGAAGCAUGGGGCUGUUUAAGGUGGGGCAGGCAGGGCUCGCGGGGAAGAUCAAGAGUCCAGUUUUUGACACGAGUGGCCUUGUAGACAUCUCUUCAGCCAGGUGCAACUGGGGAUGGAGACACGACGGUGAGUAUUUCAACAGCAGGAAUUGAGGGCAGGGACUCGGUAGCGCUGGUGAGGGCAGUGGCUGCAAAGGGACAGAUGGGACAGUGUGAUAGCCCAGAGGUGAGCAAGAGCAGGAAGCUGUUGCCACCCCCCUAGGCUGGAGGGACAAAGCUCAGCGUGGGUGUCACCCAACCCUGGGGCCAGGGUCACCCAGUGAAGCUGGGACAACCGAGGCCUGUUCAGAGGGAGCCUCGGGGGCAAAACCUCUGCCUGAGGUGCGGCCUCGGGUGAGCACGGGAGGGGUCCCAGGCUGGGUUGGACAUGCCGGCACCAU